CAACAGCUCUCGCCGGAUCAGUGCAGCGCUGCGCUGUUCGGUAAACCGAGCGACGGGUAUCUGUCACUUUCCCACCGAACCUGUGUGUGUGUGUGUGUGUGUGUGUGUGUGUGUGUGUGUGUGUGUGUGAGAGAUCAUGGACCCCCAGGUCCAGGAACUGCAAGAAGAAGCGCGCGGCGCCGGCGAGGUGACCAUGGAGCUCGCGGCCAAGUCCUUCAAGGCGUUCAUGCUGAAGAGGAGCUCCAAGAGCAACUUGAACUUGUACGACCACCUAGCGCGGUUGCUGACCAAGGUGAUGGACGAGCGUCCGAGGGAUGCCGUGGACAUCUUUGAGGACAUGAGUCAGGAGGUGAAGCGGGCCGAGCUGCAGGACACCCAGAGCACUGUGCGGGACGCGACCCCCAUCUCCACGGCAGCGGCGCUGGCCGAGCAGCAGAGAGCCCUGUUCUCGCAGAGAGUCGGGGAAGAUCCUGCACAGGAGGAAGAUCUGGUGGAGACCCCUCUUCCGAACGUGCCGGAGCUGACCUUCUACCUGGAGCAAGCCGGCGUCGGGCUGGGCAAGGAAGAGAUGCACCGCAUCUUCCUGGCCCUCAAGCAGCUGGUGGACACUCAGCCUCUGCAGCGCUGCCGCUUCUGGGGAAAGAUCCUGGGCACCGAGAGCAACUACUUUGUGGCGGAAGGAGAAUUCCGAGAGGGGGAGGACGAGGAGGACGAGGCCGCCGAGGAGGAGGAGCGGAAGGCCGAGCACGACAUGGAUGCCGCCAACCGGCUCCAUAAAUUGGCUGACAAGUCGCUGCCGGUGGUGCCCAAGGAGGACAAAGGCACAGGGGCCAACAAGUGCUCUUACUUUGUGUGCCGCGAGCCAGGCAUGCCGUGGGUGAGACUGCCCUCCGUCACCCCUGCUCAGAUCAUCGCCGCUCGCCAGAUUUGUAAGUUUUUCACCGGAAGACUGGACGCCCCAAUAGCGAGCAGCCCUCCGUUCCCCGGCAACGAAGCAAACUACCUGCGGGCCCAAAUUGCCCGCAUCUCAGCCAGCACGCAGGUCAGUCCACUCGGCUUCUACCAGUUUGCAGAGGAAGAAGGCGAGGAGGACGAGGAGGCUGCCCGGGGUACAUUGGAGGAGAACCCCGACUUUGAGGGAAUCCCUGUCUCUGAGAUGGCAGAGUCUCUGUCCACCUGGGUACAUCAUGUCCCCCACAUCCUGGAACAGGGCCGCUGCAUCUGGGUGAACUUAGCAGAGAAGCCCGAGGAAGAUCUUGAAGACGAGGAGGAAGGAGAGGAGGAGAAGGAGAAAGAGGAGGAGCCAGAUGAGCCCGAGCCAGAAGUGGGGCCACCGCUCCUAACACCAGUGUCUGAGGAUGCAGAGAUUAACAAAACACCUCCAUGGACCUCCAAGAUGUCCUCCACACUAGUGUCCCAGUUCGCCAUCGCUGUGUUGCGCUCCAACCUCUGGCCAGGGGCCUACUCCUUUGCCUUUAAAAAGUAAUGUAACAUUUCAGAGAGGUUUUCAGUGUCCAUUCUGUCCCCAGGUAGGUAGGUGAUGAGAAAAGGCUCAACCGGUGUCCUCAUGAAAGACCUCUGUGUGCCCUUGCGUUCGAACAGGAAAUUCGAAAACAUUUAUGUUGGCUGGGGCUUGAAGUUCACGGGGGAGGGGUACAACCCUCCUGCGCCCCCACCCA